AUGCUUCAAUCACUUCUGUUUGUGACCUUUGUGACUGCAUUGGCAACAUCAGCGACUGCUCAGUCUACAACAUGUCCAAACUAUAAGGUUGUGUCAAUCGAACAGACUAAAGUUGGAUACUCUGGACAGCUACAACUACUCAAUCCAGGACCUUAUGGUGCAGACAUUGAACAGCUUAACAUCGAUGUCUACUACCAAUCCCAGGAUAUCCUACGUGUUCGCAUCUAUGACUCAAACAACCAACGUUGGGAAGUUCCAAACAUCAAUCAACUACCUUUGCCAACAGAGGCACCUUCCAACCUCAACUACGCAGUCCAGUUCAAUCAACAAACCUUUGGAUUCGAAGUACUGCGCGCAUCAAACAAUCAAGUGAUCUUCAACACUACCUCACCAUCCAACUGCCAGUUCAAUGGACUGAUCUUUGAGGAUGACUACAUUGAGAUAUCGACAUCAUUCUCAGAGUCCAACCCUAACUUGUAUGGACUUGGCGAGAGGACUCGUCCACUGAGAUUGGCAAACAAUGGAACAUACACACUUUGGGCAAAGGAUCAAGGAACAGCCAGUGAGUUGGACAUCAAUACUUAUGGCUCACAUCCGUUCUACCUACAAUUGCACAGUGAUGGCAGCGCCAACGGAGUGUUCCUGCUCAACUCCAAUGCAAUGGACGUUGUGCUCAGCGAGACAUCGCUCACAUACAAGGUCGUGGGUGGCAUCCUGGACUUCUUCAUCUUUGUCGGACCCACGCCCGCCGCCGUCGUCCAGCAAUACUCGCAGGUGAUCGGCACCCCCUACAUGCCAUCGUACUGGUCGCUUGGCUGGCAUCAGUGCCGCUGGGGCUACCACACGCUGCUCGAGACCGAGUACGUCGUCACCAGCUACUUCAAGAAUGGCAUCCCCCUCGAGACCAUGUGGAACGACAUCGACUACAUGUACCAAUACGAGAUCUUCACGCAGGACCAGGGCCGCUUCCCUGCCGACAAGUUCACCGCAUUCAUCGAGUACCUACACUACAACAACCAGCACUACAUGAUGAUCAUCGACCCUGGCGUCAAGAUCCAGACCACGAUCCCCUACCCCUCAUACACCGACUUGUUGGCGGUUCGCGCCUACAUCACUGAAGCGGACGGCGUGACCCCCGUGGUGGGCAGCGUGUGGCCAGGACCCGUCAACUUCCCCGAUUGGUUCCAUCCCAAUGCCACCACAUACUGGCUCGAUCAGUUUGCCGCGUUCCGCGCGAUUGGCAUCAAGUUUGAUGGAGUCUGGAUCGACAUGAAUGAGAUCUCCAACUUUUGUAAUGGUGACUGCGCCACGCACGAGGCGUCGCCAUCCGCGCCAAACUCAUUCAACCCCAACACGCCACCAUACAUCCCAGGCGGCGUGCCACUCAGCGACAAGACAUUGAACAUGACCUCGAUGCAGUACGGCAACAUAUCAUUCUACAAUAGCCACAACCUGUUUGGAUACAUGGAGGGCGUGGCGACAUCAUUCGCCGCCCAACAGCUGAUUGGCAAGCGCACGUUGGUCAUUGGCCGCUCGACCUUCCCCGGCAGCGGCAAGCACCAGGGUCACUGGCUGGGCGAUAACGACAGCACGUACGAGGACAUGUACUACUCGAUCCCGGGCAUCCUCACCAUGAACAUGUUUGGCAUCUCAAUGAUUGGCGCGGAUAUUUGCGGCUUCAACGGCAACACCACCGCCGAGCUCUGCGCCCGAUGGACUCAGCUGGGAUGCUUCUACCCAUUCUCGCGCAAUCACAACUCGAUCAACAGUCAGCCACAGGAGCCAUACGUCUUUGGCCAGCAGGUGAUCGACAUUGUCACCGCCGCCAUCAAUCUCAAGUACACUCUGCUGCCACACUACUACACGCUGUUCUACAGCGCGCAUGCCAAUGGCGACAUGAUGGUCGUGCGUCCACUGUUCUUUGAAUACCCGACCGACCCCAACACAUACGCACUGGAUACUCAGUUCUUGGUGGGCGGCCACCUGCUCGUGUCGCCCGUGUUGGCCGAAGGCGCCGACACUGUCAACGCGUACUUCCCCACCGAUGUGUGGUACGACUACUUCACUGGCGUGCAGGUGCCUGCGUCAUCCACGGGCACGUACCAGACAUUGGACGCGCCACUCGACAAGAUCAACGUGCACAUCAGGGGAGGCAUCGUCAUGCCCACCCAGCCAACCUCACAGUACACCGACCCAGUGACCCCCAUCACCCUGACCUUUGCCAGGGCCCUUCCAUACUCGCUGGUCGUCGCGCUGUCAUCACAGGGCACUGCCAAAGGUCUGUUGUACAUUGAUGAUGGACAGACGGUCGAUGCCUAUGAGUCUGGCGUAUACAGCUUGAUUCAAUUCAAUGUUACUGGCGGCAACACGUUGGUGUCUGACUGUUUGGUCGCAGGCUACACCAAUCAUACAGUGAGCACAUUGGGCUCGUUCAACAUUCUGGGCGUUCAACAACCUGUUCAAAGUGUUACAUUGGGCGGUGAAUCUACACCAUUCAACUACAACUCCACCACCCAUACCCUAUCAAUCAGCAAUCUAGCCAUCAGUCUAUUACAAUCAUUCACUCUUGAGUGGAAUUAA